CGGCGGCGGCGGCGGCGGGGCGGCUCGGCGCCAUGGAGUACGCGGAGGCGGAGGCGGACUACUACUACGGCGAGGAGGGCAACGAGACGGGCGAGGCGUGCGAGGGGCCGGCGGACUGGGAGGCCUCCUUCGCGCUGCUGCCCGCGCUCUACAUGCUCGUCUUCGUGCUGGGGCUCGCGGGCAACGCGCUGGUGCUGCUGACGGUGUGGCGCGGCCCGCGGGCCCGCCGCCGCUCCGCCGACGCCUACAUCGGCAACCUGGCGCUGGCCGACCUGGCCUUCGUGGCGACGCUGCCGCUGUGGGCCGCCUACACGGCGCUGCGCUUCCACUGGCCCUUCGGCGCGGCGCUCUGCAAGCUCAGCAGCUACCUGGCGCUGCUCAACAUGUUCGCCUCGGCCUUCUGCCUGGGCGGCCUCAGCGCCGAGCGCUGCCGCGCCGUGGCCCGCGCCGCGCCGCCCCGCGCCGCCGCCGCCCCCUCGGCGCUGGGGCCGCUGGCGGCGCUCUGGGCGGCGGCGGCGGCGGCGGCGCUGCCGGCGCUGCUGCUGCGCGAGGCGCGGCGCGGGCCGCGCAACCGGACGCUCUGCGACGUGGCGGCGGGCGGCGCGGCGGCGCGGGCGGCGGCGCUGAGCCUGGGCAGCACCGCGCUGGGCUUCGCCGCGCCGCUGCUGCUCAUGGCCGCCUGCUACUGCGCCCUGGGCGCCGCCGUGCGCCGCCACCUGCGCCCGCGGCGCGCCGAGGCGGCGGCGCGGCGGCGGCUGCUGCGGCUGCUGGCGGCGCUCGUGGGCGUCUUCGCCGGCUGCUGGCUGCCCUUCCACCUGCUCAAGAGCCUCUUCGCGCUGGCGGCCGCCGGGCUGCUGGAGCUGCCCUGCGCGCUGCUGGCCCUCAUCGCCCGCCUGCACCCCUACGCCACCUGCCUCGCCUACCUCAACAGCUGCCUCAACCCGCUGCUCUACGCCUUCCUCGACGGCCGCUUCCGCGCCCAGUGCCGCCUGCUGCUGCGGCCGCGCCGCCCGCGCCGCCCGCCCGCCGCCGCCUCGCUCAGCGGCGCCACGCAGCGCUCCGAGCUGCCCUCGGCCGCCACCAAGGUGUAGCGCCCGCCGCCGCCCCAAUAAACGCCCUU